CUCGGCACCGGUCAGAGAAAUGUUCACACACUUAUCGGAGCUUUUUAAAAAAAUAACGUUUAAUUAUUUUAAACCGAACCGCCUCUGAGCUUUAGCCGCAAAAAGCUUAUUGUCCAUGACAAUGAAGAAACGCCACCCGUUUACAUUUUCACCGUUGGCAAUUUUUAUUUUUUAAAAUGAAAUUCAAAUAAAUCCCGACAGGCCGCAAAUGGAUCCUCGAUACUCGCGUGACGGCGAGGGGAGCCCUCAAGUGAGCAGUGUCCGGGAAGAGACCCCGGGGAAGGAGGCGACGGGGGGCACAGUGAGCGGCGGCGGCGUCGUGUUAAGGCGGAGAGGAGCAGAGAAGAAGGAGGAGGAAGAUGCUGAUGCUGAGAAACCGGAGCCGGGGAAAACGGAGGGAGAAGAUGCUGCCAUGUACGAGGAGGAACUGGACCCAAGAAUACAGGAGGAGCUGGAGCACCUUAACCAGGCCAGUGACGAGAUCAACAAACUGGAGCUGCAGCUGGAUGAUGCCAGGUCCAGCUACAGGAGGAUUCUGACUGACUCUGCCAGGAAACUCAACACUCAAGGCUCUCAGCUCGGCGCGUGCAUUGAGAAGGCCAGGCCGUACUACGAAGCCAGGAGACUCGCCAAAGAGGCCCAGCAGGAGACACAGAAGGCCGCUCUGAGAUAUGAGAGAGCCGUGUCCAUGCACUCUGCUGCCAGAGAGAUGGUGUAUGUGGCAGAGCAGGGCCUCCUGGCCGACAGGAACACCAUGGACUCAACAUGGCAGGAGAUGCUGAACCACGCCACAGCCAAGGUGAACGAGGCGGAGGAGGAGCGUCUCCACAGUGAGCGGGAACACCAGCGCGUCACACAGCUCUGUCAGCAGGCGGAGGCUCGGGUUCAGACCCUCCAGAAAUCCCUCAAGAAGUUCAUCGUCAAGUCCAAGCCGUACUUUGAGCUCAAGGCUCAGUUCAAUCACAUUUUGGAGGAACACAAGGCUAAAGUUAUACAGCUGGAGGAACAAGUGGCCAAAGUGAAGACGCGUUAUUCUGUUGCCCUGCGCAACCUGGAGCAGAUCAGUGAGCAGAUCCAUGCGAGGAGGGGGCAACUCAGGGCUAGCAGGGCACAUCCUGCAGUCUGUGGGGGGCGGAGCUCCCCUGUCGGCGCUGAGGCCGAGAUCAGAAGCACCAGCGGAGUUAACGUCAGUAGUUGUAUGCCAGUUGGCGGGAUAGAGACGGACUGGGUGGACAAUGAGAAAACUCGGCUGUGGGUGGAGAGGCACAGAGAGAGUGGCUGGGGUCAGAGGGAGCAGCUGGACACCGGCUCAGACCGCAUGUCCGUCAUCAGCCUGCAGACCAUCGCGUCUGACCUGGAGAAGUGUGACUCGGUGGAGCAUCUGUGUGAACUGAGUGACGCUGGGAGCAUGCUGUGUGAAGACUGGAGGCACAUUAAAAAGCCUCACACGACGCCGGUCAGCAGGGAGGUGGCGACGGUGACCGUGGGGCUGCAGCAGGAGAAGGUCCAGCAAGAGAAAAGGGAUCAGUUCACUAAAAAGAACCAGGAGAGCUUUGUGAAGCAGCACCAGAGAAGUGUCAGUCUAUGAUUGUUGAAACGAUGAUGAGUACGUUUGUGUUCAGAGCGAGCACACAGUCAUUCUUCACGUCAAGUUACUUGCAUGAAUCACAUCGUUGGAUCUUUUUUUGUUGUUUUAUCGUAAACACACGACCUAAACAACCAACUCAUAACAGUGCAAUAGCCAUACACCACAUCUCUACUCUACUACCCUACAUUUUUUCUGAGGACUUAAUGGUCUCACUUGCGAAGUUUUGGUGUUAUUCAGUUGCACAGGGUGUCCGUUUUGUAAAUUAUGUUCCCAUUUUAGAGGAGAAUAGAUGACAAAGUGGUAUCGUCAAAUAGGAGCCAGGUGUUGCUUCUGAACGUCCGUUGUUAAGCCAGCCAAAUUGUGAUUCUGGUGGCUUCAACACAGAAGUUCAAAUUCCGACUGCUUGAAUCAAGUGGACGCACUCAUAUUUUCAGAGGUUACCGUAGGACAGACCAGUUCCUUCAUUUGUGUCCAGCUCGGCUUCCUUCCUCAAACAGCAACUGUCCAUGAUAUCCGAAAUAACUUCAAGUCACUAACAUGACGGCACGCGUGGCGCACAUCUUCACGUUGUGGUAUUUGCUGGAUUUGCGUCACCUGCUGUGAUUCUGGCUAAACUGGCAUCUCCUCACGUCGGCUGUUUGUGACGCGUUCAGUGUCAAUGUUUGAGGGAUCAAAGAGUGAGAUCCUGAGUAAGUAGAUAGAAAAUAGUGGAGAGGCUGAUUGAGACUGAUUUUUUUGUUUUAUUUUUCCAAUAGCACUUUUGAGGAAAACUGCAAAGACUAAUUUACCUUCUUUUUUUUUUGCAGAAACUAGAAACCUUGUUGCUCCUUAUGCUUCUUAUGUUGUAACUUGAUACAUUUUAGCAAUGUUUACCAUGUCUCUGAAGGUCAAGCAAGUCAAAUCUGUUAUUUAAAUAAACUCAAGUGAUAUAAAAAUGCAUUUUUAUACCUAAAAUAAUAUGAAUAGAUUCAAGAGACUGAAGAUUCUGGCCUCAGUUGUACUCAGUUGAUGUUUGUAGAACCUAAAACUAAUGCGGUGUUCUGCAAUAAUUCCCUCAAAAAGACAACAUUUCCUCAGAUAGGUCUUCUAAUGGAUGUAUAUGAAGAAAUUGUACUGGCGGUAAAAGACCAAAUAUGAUCCAAGAGUUUAGAGAAGGGAUGACGUAAAGAGACGCAUGCAUUUUUAUAGCAUGUGUACAAGGUAAACAUUUGUGCUGAGGAGAAAAGCUUAUUGAGUGCACGCAAAAUCUAAAUAAUUCAGGAAAACUUUGCACUGAUGAUGAUUAUUUCAUUUGUGCAUAGAUGAUAAAUAAGAUUAAUUUAUUUUACUACCUAAAUAGCAAGCGUCUUAUGUAACUUAACUGAAAAGAUCGACGCUGAAGUCAAGACGUCAAAGUUGGGAGACGUAAUAUUUUAACAAUGAAUAGUUUGUCGUCUUAACUCCUUAUUGUCCUCUAUUUU